AUAUUAACCAGACUAAUAGGUACCAUCUAGCCCUUGCCCUUGGACCCGAAAGCUCUCCAAAUUCAGCCAUGGUGAAGAAUUACAGGGAGCUAGAAAACCCUACGACAUAUUGCAAAGCUUUAGUGUCGUCUGAUAUAAGGGUGCUCUUUAAGGAAUUGGGAUGGACUUGAACUUGGACAUGGGGUGUACAAUUGACAUGGAGAUGGGUAGAAACAUGGGUGACAAUGAGCGAGAGACAACUAACAAGACGGGAAAUCCUCCUAUUCAGGAUAGUGGAAUGGAUGAUUGUGAGGGUUACAAUGAAUACGAGUGUAAUUCUCUAAUGGAGUAUUCUGGUAGCAGGGAGCAUGACGUAGAUCAGACUACGAGCAAUCCUAGCAUGGAGGAUCCUAGACCUACCGAUGAGGUCCCAGAAGAGGGUAUGCAGUUUGAAUCCCAUAAAGCUGCAUAUGAAUUCUAUAAUGACUAUGCACAACGAAUGGGUUUCAGUGUUCGUGUAUAUUCGACUCGUCGAUCAAGGAAGGAUGGUUCGGUUAUUACUCGUGAAUUUGUAUGUUCAAAAGAAGGUCAUAGAUUCAAGAAAGGUGAAGGGAAGCGGUCUCGUCCUGCUACGAGGCUGGGGUGCAAAGCUAUGCUAAGGAUUAAAAAAGAUGAAUAUGGUAAAUGGUUCAUUGCAAAGCAUGAGAAAGCGCAUUGCCACGCCUUGACUGCACCUACUGAAGUCCAUCUCCUUCGAUCACAUCGCAAAAAUCUGAAGUCCACAAAAGAGGUGACUGAUGCAUAUGAUUCCUGUGGGAUAAGUGCCUCAAAGAUGGUGGACAUAUUGAGUACACAGGCUGGAGGGCGAAGGAAUCUGGAGUUCAUAACACGAGAUGGCCAUAACGAAAUCUAUAGAAAUCGAAGAAACUCACAGUUGAGUGGAGGUGAUGCAGCAGGCUUGGUGGACUUCUUCUGUAGCAUGAUUGUUAAGAACCCAUCAUUUGUAUACAAGAUGCAGGUUGAUGAAGAUGGUUGCCUAGCAAAUGUAUUGUGGAUUGAUGCGAGAUCUAGAAUCUCGUGGGAGUUCUUUGGGGAUGUCGUUAUAGUCGACAGUGCUUACAAAACCAAUGCCUAUGGGAUGUCAUGUGUACCAAUUUUGGGAGUAAAUCACCACAUGAAUACUGUUUUUUUAGGGUGCAUGUUAUUUCAUGAAGAGAAGGAGGAGUCUUUUACAUGGAUGUUUACAAAGUGGCUUGAGGCAAUGAAUGGACAACAACCCAAGUCGAUCAUUACAAAUCAAGACAAGGCGAUGACUCUUGCAAUCGAGCAGGUAUUUCCAGAAGCCCGGCAUCGCUAUUGCAGGUGGCAUAUUACAGACAAGUUUGAGCAGAAAAUGUGGCAGGUUGAGCGCAGAUAUCCAUCAUUCCAUGAAGACUUCUUCAAGUGCAUUGACCAGAGUACCACAGUUUUGGAAUUCGAAGAGAGAUGGGCAAGAAUGAUUGAGGGAUAUGACCUAAGGAAUCAUGCCUGGCUCAGGUCCUUGUAUGAAAUCCGGCAUAAAUGGGUGUAUGUGUAUCUGCAAGAGACCUUCUUUGCAGGCAUUUGGGCUAGUGAGAGAAGUGAAUCCAUGAGCAAGGAUAUCAAGACAUAUCUGAAUUCCCAUACCAACUUGACUACUUUUGUUUCCCAGUUGCAGAAAUUUAUUGACCAAAAGCAUGACAUUGAGAACACAAUAGAUUUCGAUUCUCGUGAUGUAGCACCAAUUAUGAAGACUGCUACUCGGGUCGAGAGGCAGAUGGGGCAUAUUUACACCCUGCAAAUCUUUAAGGAUUACUUUCAGAUGGAAUUAAUGGGCUCAAAUGAUCUCAUUUGUGAAGUGCAAGAGGAAGAUGGGGUGAUAUGUACCAUGAAGGUGGAAAGAUAUGGCUUCAGUGGCCCGACAUACAUGGUUGCAUUCCACAGCUCUGAGAAGAAAGCAACAUGUAGCUGCCAUCUGUAUGAGCGCAUGGGUAUCCCUUGUGCUCAUAUGCUUAGAGUAUUUUUAAUUAAAAAUAUCUUAGAGUUACCCCAACAUUAUAUAAUGAAGCGAUGGACGAAGGAUGUGACAAAAGGGAUCACUCUUGAUGGUUAUAGGGUUCAGAUACAGGCUAAUUGUGAGGAGACCCAUAUAGCGCGCUAUGAUGAUUUAUGUCGGCGGGCUAACAUGUUAUCGGUGUAUGGGGCAUUGAGUUCGGGUGCAUAUGAAUAUGCAAAGACAGUUCUUCAAGAGGCAUGCGACAAGGUUAUUGCUAAAGCAGACAUGGAGAAGACUACCACAAAACAUGUCAGUUCUACCCAUGGCAGUGCUUCCAAGAAUGCUGUAGGAACACCCACUCCUGUGGCUUCUAUCCUUCCUGUGAGUUCUGUAGGAGCACCCACCCCUCCUGUGGCUCCUAUACUUCCUGUGAGUUCUGUAGGAGCACCCAUCUCUUCUGUGGAUCCUACCCUUCCGGUGGAAUCCAACACGCAAGUUCCAAAAAUUGCAAGGCCAAGAGGACGACCUCCUGGUGCUAGAUCCACCCCUAGGACUGAGGAGAUGACAAGUGAAAGUGCUAUGCAUAUGGAGACACAGGUCAUGACAGGCGGAGUUGUCCCGUUCUAUGGAGUACAAGGCACAGUGAACCAUCUUUCGUACUUGUGCAACUUUGUUGGGAGCAUGAAUAACCCCCACGGCAACUUGGCCAAAGACUAGCAUGAUUAGCUGACAAUUUUAUGUCGUGAUCUGUGUUGAGAAAUUUGAAGGUAGAUGCUUUGGGUUGGAACAUAAACAAGGAAUUCGAGCAUUGAGAUUUUGUUUGGGAAGAUGCCCUAAAAUGGGCCAUAAAUGAAGUCCAUGAUUAAAAUAUUGAUUUCUUGAUGAAACUAAUUUGUGUUAGUCUGGCAACAAACUUCAACACAAUGUGCCUGUGUACAUUUGACAUGUGAUGGUUUCAUAUAUGGACACAAGAUGUAGAUGUUAUUCUCAGUAUGCAAAAUCUCCAUGUUGCCGGUUUUCUGAACGAGUAGGUGCGAGCAAGCCGGUGGUGUGAUUAUGUGCUCUUGUGCCAAUCUGAUGCCGAGCUGGUUUUGUGAUUGGGUAUAUGCUUGUAUGUCAGUAUUCUGGUAUGCAGUUUUAUGAGAUACCAAUGCUGGUUUAUACAUGGGAAAGCAGGUUUAUGUACAUUAUGAUAUACCGAUUAGUUGAAUUUUACAUCUUGCUUCUAAUCUCCAUAUGAUACA